AUGUCUAAAUCAAAUUAUUCAUCUCGUAUUCGUGAUUCACAUUAUGUAUCAGAUGAUCAUUCAACAUCUCGUUCUUAUCGUUCAUCAUCUUGUUCAGAUCGUCCAUCUUAUGCAAAACAUUAUUCACCAUUUCAUGUUCACUCGUUAAACAACGAAAUCUAUGCUUGGGGAAAUAUGCAAAUAGAACUUGAACCAGCAAAAGAAUUACUUAUCUGGCCAAUUCCAGCAGCAUUAAUUGAUAUUCAACCACAUUUUUCUGCGUGGUAUAAUCGGGCACGGACCCAGUGUGGGGUCCAGGGCCUGUCACAUCGAAAUGAUAUGAAUGAUGAUAAUGAAUUUAUACAACAACAUCAUCAACAAUUAUCAUGUCAUUGUCAUCCACCAUCACCAUAUAAAAUUAACGAAUUUUGGUCUCUUCAAAAUGCGUUUAUGUAUGGAUGUAAUUUAUUUAUUGAUAAAUCAUGUAGAUUAAGUCAUUGGUCAUUAAGUUUAUCAUCAAGUCAAUCAUCAUUAUCACAUGUUGAACGAAUGAAGAUGAUCCAUUAUGCUACACACGAUGUUAUGGCUGUUACAUUUUUAAUACGACCAAUUACUGAAAGUUGGGCAUUUGGUAAAAUUAAAAAUAGGAAAAUGAAUGAAAUGUGUGAUGAUCCAGAAGCAGAAGAAAUUUCAUCGGAUGAUGAGAUAUAUUUGAAUCAAUUAAUUGAACCAAAUGAUUUUAAAAAUGAACAAGAUAAUAAUAAUAAUAAUAAUAAUGAUAGAAUUAAUUUAUUACAAGAUCAAAUUGAACCAAUUGAUAUUGAUUAUACAUCAGUUAUUAAUGAUGAUGAACCAACUGAACGACUUCAACAACAAGAAUCUGAACAAA